UUUGAGAAGUUUGAGAUUCGCUAAGAUGGUAUCAAAUUCUAUAAUAAUUAGCUGCGCCGUUUUGGCAAUAAUUUUCGUUGCUUACCUGCCGUUGGGUGACGCGGUCACCUGUACAGUGGAGCCCGAUAAUGUAGACUGUGUCGACUGCCUCGAGCCCAUUAAUAUUGACAAUUCCGAGUGCAUCGCUGAGGACUAUGAAGACGACGACGCUUUGGCAACACGUCGUCCGCCCAGGUGGGACCGACCUGGUAGGCGACCAGGCAGGAGGAGGCGUGGUCCAGGGCACGGACACAGACACGGCCACAGGCAGAAUCGUCAGCCGCAAACUCUGUUGGGUCGCAUUCUGCAAAAGAAACUAAGUAUUAUAAAUGGAAUAAAACAGGGUUAAGACGGUAUAGGAAUAAGGGAAAAGCUAAAGAAUAAAUCUCAGCAAAA